AUGACCACUUACCCACUGCCUGGACACAUUUCCCAAGCUGCUCUGGUGUUCGAGUUGGCAAUCACAAGGAGUAUCCCUCAUCUCUCCCUGCCUUACAGAAUGCAGUUCAGCUCCAACUGCAGCAGCAGCAGUGACAUUACUGCUAAGGCUGCCUCCGCCGCCGGGCGCCACCCAGUUUACCGUGGAGUGCGGCGGCGGAGCAGUGGGAAAUGGGUAUCUGAAAUCAGAGAACCCAAGAAGCCAAAUCGAAUCUGGCUUGGUUCAUUCCCAACCCCAGAAAUGGCUGCUGUUGCUUACGAUGUUGCGGCACUUGCACUGAAAGGUCGUGAUGCAGAGCUAAACUUCCCAGCUUCUGCAUCAUUCUUACCAGUUCCAGCUUCAACUUCCCCACGUGACAUCCAAACAGCUGCUGCCAGUGCUGCUGCGGCUACCGGUGCUGCGACUGAUUCCCUACUAGAGUCAAGGGGGGGACACAGCAAGGGUAGUAGGGAAGAAACCCACCAGCUGAACAAUUUAGGAUUAUUAGAUGCUCAUCCUCCGGUUGUUAAUGCUGAGUACAUGGACGAGGAAAUGAUCUUUGACAUGCCAAACAUUCUAGUGAAUAUGGCUGAAGGGAUGCUUCUCAGCCCUCCUCGCUUGGACUUGGCUUCUGUUGACGAUGCUGAUAACAACGCAGGCGAUCACAACAACCUCUGGCAUUACCCUUAA